AGAUCUAUUUUUCUAUGAAAUUUUAUAGCUUUAUAUGCCUCAAUCUCUAAAGCAAUUUUUGUGCAAACAUUUGCUGUAAUUGUUAUUCUUAGGAGGUUAGGUACAGGACAUAUGCUCCAAUCGAUUAUUUUGGAUUUGACAUUUUUAGGUUAUAUUCUGUGUUUGUGAAACUUAAAAUGUUGUAACAUAGCAGACCACCUUAAAAACAGUCUUUCAAAUGGAAAAAUUGGUGUUUAAGUGUUCUGUUACAGGUUAUAAACUAUUUGGUUGUAUACUUUAUCAAAAAUUUAUCAGGAAAAAUUACACACUUUAAAGUUAAUUUAGUCCUGAUCAUAGAAAAAAUAAAAUAAAAUUGUUUUACAUUGCAUGCUUUGAGAUAACAAGAAAAAAAAUAAUGUCAACUUUGCUUGGUCUGUUGGACUGUAAAAUUAAUCAAGACACAGAUGUUGAUUGGACUUGCAAUAUGAUUGGUGGAUAUCCGAUAUGGAUGACAGAUGUCAGUGAGGAAGAUUAUCCAAGGUGUCAAUUAUGUGGGACGUUGUUGUAUCCUUUGACACAAGUAUAUUGUCCACUUGAAACUUCCAAGUACCACCGUGCAUUGUAUGUUUUCGCCUGUACAACUCGAAGUUGUUGGAAUAAACAUGAAAGUGUUGUGGUGUGGAGAUGUCAAAAGUUAGACAUAAAGGAAAACAAUGUUGCAAACAGUAUUGCAACAAAAAUUAGCACAGAUGAUUGGGGUGUAAACGACUGGAGUGAUGAUGAUGGUGAUGACCACAAUCAACCAAAAUGCACCAACAACGAAGCAGUGGAUACACUGUCGAAAGAUUUAAAUGCACAGUUAGCAAUCAAGCCGGCAUACAAACCCGCACAACACUUUGUUGGAUAUCACAUGUAUGUGAUCUCCGAAAAAGAUGCCGUGGAGGAAAGCUCAAACGAGCAUGAAAUGCGCUUGUAUGAUGAAUAUAUCAACCGGGUGGGAGAUCGACCUGCUCUAAACGGGGCGGCAUCGAAUACGAAGGAGAAAAACGAAAACAAAGCUAAUGGUGAGAGGUAUGAGAAGACAGAGUUGAAACACGGCGACCGUGGGUUUUAUCAAUUUCAGAAAAGAAUAAGAAAGUCUCCUGCUCAGUGUAUUAGAUAUGAGUUAAAUGGUGAAGCUUUGUUCUUAUCUUCCGUUUCUCCGGUCACUAACCACGUUCGAAACUGCCAGUACUGCGGAUUGGAAAGAGUAUUCGAAUUACAGUUGAUGCCGUAUAUGGUGUCAUGUUUACACCAAGUCGAAGAACAACCACGCGGUAAUGGAACUUCUCCCGUGAUAGAUAUGAACGAAACAAAGAGAAAACGAACAGAUUCCGGUCGAUUUUGUUUUUCGGACAGCGAUUAUGAAAAUCGUGUUGAGUUUGGUUGUAUUUACGUUUAUACUUGUAAAGCUUCUUGUUGGAGUGAUGAUGAUAUUUUUCGUCAAGAGCUCGUUUGUGUGCAAGCGGAUCCGGAUGACGCCAUUUUGACAUAACACGGCUAUACAUGGCGUGUAUCAUCUCUCGAGAGGAGUGUCAAUCACCAUGGAAUGACGUAGCAACAGCUUUAAAUGUUAAACGAAAAAAAUCAUUAAACAGCUUAUUAUACACAACCUUUUUUUGCAAGCGAUAUUUUGUCAAAUAGAUGCAAAGUUGUUUAAUCAAAUUAUAUCAGAUCUAGCUUGGUAUUUUGUACUUCCGUAAACUUGAUGGGAGUAAAAUGACGUCAUUCGUGGCAUGCGCAAAUUAUUGAUAAAAUCUGAACUUUGGUCAUUUCCGAAACAAUUUAUGUUAUCCGUGAAAAGAAACGUUUAUUUUCUUUCCUUGUAUCCAUGGAAGUUCAAAUGAGGUCAUUCAUUUUCUUUUUCUUAAAGGCAUUGUUAGAACACAUAGAUAACAUGGCUCAGACUCAGGUCGCAUGAUAAACCGACUUCGUUAUCAAGCGCCAGUAAUCCCGCUUUGGCGUAGUUGGUUCAUGACCUGAAACAAAGCGAUAAAUAUAAUUAAAUGCGUCUAUUGGAAAGGAGCGAAGGCUUGUCAAAAAAAAGUAGGCGGUAAAUUGAAGCGCGCUAAAAAGUUGGUCACCUAUGUAUCGCAUCUUACUAGCUGCCCGACCUCGUCCCUAGGGCUUUUUAGGUUUUUAUAAAACAGGACAACCUUUUUUUGGUUGAAGAAGAGAAUGGGGUGGGUUCACGUUCUUCAUACUGCAAUGUUUACUCGACGUCCCUGACAGAAAGAAGUUCUCUUGUUCGAUAUUUUUUUUUACUUACCAAUUAAAAUUAGCUAAAAAAAGUGGAAAAACGACUUUGACCCAGACUACUAAAAACAACGCCAGAGAGAAUCCCUGGGUACGAAGCUGGCAUACUGGUUACCUCUGUGUAAAAUAGAAAUAUUAGAUUUUAUUUUCACAUGUGAGUAGUUGUAAAUAAUCUUGUUAUUUUGAACUAAGGUGAUCUCGUUAAUAAUUUAAAGGUGACGAAAAAUUAACUCGAUUAUCCAAUUAAAUUAAACAGAUUAUGUUUAGAUAUGAUUGUCCGUGAAAAAAAAACGACGGAAUGA